AGUAUAGAUAGAUACACUCAAAUACACUCAAAUAAUAUAUGUGAAGCUGUGGCACAGUUAUACACAGGCUAAGAUUUGCACAAUCCCAAUCGAAUAACAUCCAUGCAAUUUCUUGAUCUGUGCGUCGAUGUUCGCCAGUCGAUACUCUCGGUACUCUCACGGUCUGACAUCCUGCACGUUUCAUUAACCUGUAAGCAGUUUAAAGCCGACUUGGAGCCCUUUGUGGUUGCCAAUAUACUAUGCCACGGUGAUAGGCGAUGUACAGGGCAACAUCGAACAAUACAUGGUGGGUUGACGACAUGCUUCUACGCUACGUCCUUACUGCCAGGAUGCAGUCGUGAUACCGUGCCACCUCUCGAUGUCUUCACUCGGGCACUGCAUUACCUCAGCCGGCUGAAAGUGGAUACAGAUUUAGAUAAUGAAGUCAGCAGUUCCUACACUUGUUUAAAUGUUCUAUUCGGAGGUAUCUGCAAGGUUGGCCUGCUGGAUCACGCACGCGUAAUGAUGGGACAGGCACCUCGUAAAAGUGCACUCCACACACAAGAGACUGUAUCAUCUACAUCUACACCUCCGGUACAAGAAAUGCGUAUAUCUGCAACACGGAAACACCGACGCCCGAAGAAGACGACCGUUAGUCAAUCUAGUGUAACCGCGACCGUUGCCAAUGCUCCUCUGAGAGCAUAUGAUAUAGACGCAGGUAGUGAUAAUGGAUACAGCCUCCAGUGGGCCGUUAGACACACAGAUGAAGAGAUGGUAAGGUUCCUGUGUUCGCUGGAGACUGUGUAUCCGUGCAAGGACGCCAUGGAAUACGCGGAAGUGUACAAAAAUAGAACCAUCACGAAGCUUCUCAAGCGGUUAAGGAUGAACCGUCGCCACCGGGACAAUGUAUUGAGGAAUAUGCAGGCGGAGAGUCAGAAUAGUGCACCAUAGCAACGGUGGAAAUUGACGAGGGCACUGCCGGUCAGCUGAAUACAACCGGUCAUUUAAAUAGGACAUAAAGGUAUUAAUAUAUCCAAAC